CAUAUUUUGUAUUGAGUUGGGGUUUUACUUAAAAAUAUCGCCAAAAUGACCAACCCAAUUAGAAACAAACCGUAGUGUUGUGAUCUCAAGACUUAUUAUUAAGUGUGGGGAUCUUAUUAUAAUUAGCCAACCAACCCGUGUUUAAUGUUGUUAGGGUUUGGAUCGGCGUGUACUUAAGGGUCAGCAAGCUUAUGUUAACUCCCAAAUGGAAAAACCUAAGAUCAAUGAUAGAUCAGCAGAGAACUCACGUUCUCCGUGGACUAGUCCCGUUCUCACCAAACGGGGAAAUCACGUAAAUCUUGUCACUCGUGUUUUUCGUUUCCACACUAUCGUUUUCUACAUGGUAUCAGAGCUAUGAAUGAAUCCACGGUUAAUAUUCGCUAUGAGUGAUAAAGAGGAUGGAGCUUUGCACAGCUCGACAAAGAGCAGCGGCGGUAGCGGCACUACUCAGGCGAUCCUGUGGCCCUCUCCCUUUCUGAUUCAUAACUCCGACACUCCCAGUAGAAUGUUUGUUGGUGAACUACUCACCGAAAUCAACUAUGGAGAGUGGGUUGGAGACAUCAGAGACUCUUUUAUUGCCAAGAAUAAACUUGGCUUCGUUGAUGGUUCAAUUUCGGCACCGGAAGCCGGGGGCGAAGACUAUGCUGCUUGGAAACAAGCUGAUGCUAUGGUGAAAGGUUGACUUAAGACCGCCAUGACCAAGAAUAUUCGGAGUAGUGUUCGGUUCGCAAAAACGGCUAGAUAUAUAUGGGUCGAUCUCCAAGCCCGAUUCGGCCAUGGUAGCGCGGCUCGCAUGUACGAGUUGAAGCGCACUAUAAUUAAACUUGCUUCCGUAGGACAAGACCUCCAUCGCCACAUUCUACACAAAAUUAUAGGGGGCAUUGGGACGAGCUCAGUUAGUUGGCUCCCUCUCAUGAGUGAACUUUUGGUGGCUGCACGUGUGAUGUUACGGAUUUUCAAUGCAAUUUACUCUCGGUUAGUCGGCUUACAGCUGAUCUUCUUGUUGCCUUAAUAUUUAUGAGUAACUUCUGCGUUGUUCAUGACUAACCAUCUAGGAGGCUGAUUGGGAUGGGUAAGUACGUAGAUGGGCUGUAUUAUCUCCGAUUGGUUGAUGGGCAGCAUCUUGUGGCUCAUACAGCUCGUCGGGAAGUGGAUAAGACGGCUCUUUGGCAUGCGCGCCUGGGACAUCCCUCCAUGGCCAAGUUGACAGUUUUGCAGAAGUACAUUUCGACACCACUUCUUCAGUGGACUUCGCCUUGUCAUUCAUUCAUUCGAGCUAAAAAAGCGCGUGAUCCUUU